AUGUCAUCUUUACGUGAUCAAUUAGCGCAGGUAGCGCAGAAUAACGCUACUGUUGCUCUUGAUAGAAAGAGAAGACAAAAGUUACAUUCUGCGUCUUUGGUUUACAAUCCGAAGACUGCUGCUACUCAGGACUAUGAGUAUAUAUACGAUACAGCGUUGGAAUCGUUUCAUACUUUGGUGAGUUUGGACUUGAGGUUCAAAGUUUUCACUAAUUCCUUAUUCAGUGCAUCUUCCGUGACCAUUGAUAGAAACGUUCAAACAAAGGAUCAGAUUAGAGAUUUGGAUAACGCAGUUAAUGCGUAUUUGAUGUUGAUUUCGCCGAAAUGGCAUCUAACUCCAGCUUUGCAUGCUACGGAAUGGUUGAUUCGUAGGUUCCAAAUUCAUAUCCAUAACGCCGAAAUGCUUCUUCUAUCUACUUUGAACCAAUACCAAACGCCGGUGUUCAAAAGGAUCCUCAAUAUCGUUAAGCUACCACCUUUGUUCAACCCAUUUACCAAUUUUGUCAGAAACGAUAAGAAUCCAACCGAUUUGACGUUGAUCAAAUUGUUUAACGAUAUGGACUUCUUGAAGCUUUAUUCAAAUUAUCUGUCCAAGAUUAUCAAGCAAAAAGUUACCUAUACGAAUCAACUGCUAUUUACCACAUGUUGUUUCAUUAACGUGAUCGCUUUCAAUGCGAACGAUGAAGAUAAGUUAAAUAAAUUGGUCCCAUUGAUUUUGGAAAUUUCCGCAAAACUUUUGGCAUCGGAUUCAAGCGAUUGUCAAAUGGCUGCUCAUACUAUGCUCGCGGUACUUGCCACCGCAUUGCCUUUGAACAAAAGCAUUAUCAUUGCGGCUACGGAAACUAUCUUGGCCAAUUUAAAGGAAGACGAUGCUAGAAAAAAAGCUCUCGUCACAAUCUCAAAACUUUUCCAAACCUUGAAAGGUGUAGGUAAUGUGGAUCAAUUACCGGUCAAGAUCUAUAAACUCGUUGAUAAUUCUUUCCCAUUCGAAUAUCUACUACAGUUCCUGAGUAAUGAAAACAAAUAUUCCUCAGAUAAAUUUUUCACUGCAUACAUUAGGUCUGUCAUCAGAUAUGAUCAUGAUAAAUUGAGUCAAAUUGUCAAAAUCUUAAGGAAGAUUAAGUUGGAAAAAUACGAAGUUAGAUUUAUCAUCACUGAUUUGAUACAUUUAUCUGAAGUUCUAGAGGACAAGUCACAAUUAAUCGAUGUUUUUGAAUACUUCAUUUCCAUUAACGAGGGACUAGUUUUGAAAUGUCUUCAAGCACUAAACCUGACCGGAGAAGUUUUCGAAAUAAGAUUGACAACUUCAUUAUUUUCCGUCAAGAACAGUGCGGAACAAUCUGGUGAAGAUAUCAUUAAAGUUCUAGAUGAUGCUAAAGCAUCAACCGCGAAUGGUUCAGCUGUUCCAUUUAAAGAUUUCAUGACCAAAAACUCAGAGUUCAUCUCCACUAAAGCGGAGUCUAUGCUUCUUGUUAAAGAUGAAAAGUUUGUCAAGCUGUUGUCAUUAUUUGUGGAAGCUGUAAGUAAAGGAUAUCAACCAGGUCUAUUUUUAUCCUCCUUCUUCACUACUUUAGAGAGCAGGAUAACGUUUGUGCUCAGAAUCAUCGUAUCCCCUGGUUCGCCUGUUGCUCUCAGAUUGAUUUCACUAACACAGUUAAGCAAAUUCAUCAAUGGUAUAGAUGAGCAAACGGAUCUUUUCUCUUUGGUACCUAUUCUAGUGACAGCAUUGAUGGAUAUUUCUAGAUCUGUUCGUUCCAACACGAAAAAGGUUCUACAACAGAUAGCCAAGAGACCUUUCACAGCAAAGUAUUUCCUAUCUAACGUACUCUACGGAGAGAAUUUAAAGGUGCCAAUGUUAAGUCCGAAAGAUAGCAAGUUUUGGUUGACCAACUUUUUAAGCGAUUACAUCGUUGAAAGUACAGAUAUUUCAUCCCUCGUCAUUCCAUCCAAAAAUGACAUGGUAUAUAUGCUGUUUUGGUGCAACCAGGCACUGCAUCUUCCUCUCGCCUAUUCGAAGACUAUAAUGUUAAAGCUCUUGACCGCUGUGCCACAAUAUGCUUUUACAUAUUCAAAGGUGUUCGAACAAUUUAUGGCCACAUACAUCACGGAAAGAAGUUCCUGGGAAACGAAGUGCAUCAAAAAUAAAACCAAUUUCAAAGACUUCGAAACUGCGGUAUGUGCCAUUGUUGCACCAAAAGAAAAAAACAGUUUCGCGAUAGAUUUUUUGAUUAACUGUUUGGAAUCAGAAUAUGAACAACUUUCGAAUAUCAUGGCAGACAGAAUUUUAUCUUUGUAUCCAACAUUGAAAUUCCCAAACCAAUUAAAAAUUGUUCAGAGUAUAAUAGACUCCUCAGUUGACAAAGAACUAUCAUAUGAUGGUCUAGAAACCCUUCAAAGUCUUCCAUUAACUGCAGAUAUUUUUGUCUCUGUGUUGAAAAGUAAUACCAUAAACAGCGAAGAUCAAACAGAUUUGACUAAACGUAGAAGAAGAAGAUCGUCUACGGUUAACAAGUCCGCCCUACAGAAACAAGAUAUUUCUCAAAUUGCCGAAGCCCACCUAAAGAAAAUGACUAUUAUUCUGGAGACUUUGGAUAAAUUGAAGGUAAAGAGUAACGAAAAUCUAUUGAAUGCCUUAUUCAACCUUUUGUCCGACUUGGAAACUUUAGACCAUGAUGGUGGUUUGCCUGUACUUUACGCUCAGGAAACUCUGUCCUCUUGUCUUUUGAACACUAUUUCUUCUCUAAAAUCUAACAACGGAAGUAUGAAAUUACCCUCUAUUAGAGCAGAUAUACUAGUCGCUGCCAUUAGAUCAUCAACAUCUCCUCAAAUGCAAAAUAAGCUCCUAUUAGUUGUUGGAGCAUUGGCUUCAGUAUCUCCCGAAACUAUAUUACAUUCUGUCAUGCCUAUUUUUACCUUCAUGGGUGCACAUACGAUACGUCAGGACGAUGAAUUCUCCACUCUAGUUGUGGAAAGAACAAUUAGUACUAUUGUGCCUGCAUUAUUGAAAUCGACGGAAGUUACGAACAAAUCUGACGAAAUAGAGUUCCUUCUAAUGAGUUUCUCAACUGCAUUUUCCCAUGUUCCUAAGCACAGAAGGGUGAGUCUAUACUCUACUUUGGUUAGAGAGCUCGGACCUUCAGAUGUGAUUGCUCCAUUCUUGUUCUUAAUAGCUCAACAAUAUUCGAACUGCUUGGAAAAGUUUAAAAUCGCUGAAUCUAAGAAUUACAUUGAGUUCUUUAAAGCUUUUUUGAGUAAAUUCGAUAUUCUUGAACAACUUCACGGAUUCAAUGAGUUAUUCAAUCUAGUCGAACUUUUAGACGAGGACAGCUCAAAGAAUGAGGUUGCUCCAACGAGGACUUUAUUCUCAAAUGGUAUAGUAAACAUGUCUAAGUCGGAGCUCUUUGUGUUGAAGAAGAACGAUCUUGAUUUCAUUGAUAAGGUCAUUGGAGAGAGCAAAUCUGACUACUAUAAUACAUCUAGCAACCUCAAAUUAAGAAUAUUGAGCACAUUGCUGGACCCAAAUAUUGAGAUUGAGGUCAAAAACCAAGUCAGAAAUGAAUUCAGUAUUCUUUUGAGUAAAACAUUAAAUGCAAUUAACAUGACAGAUAGUCUUUCAUACGAUAAACACUCAUCUGCAGGAUCUAACGAUGAAGAAGCGGGUUCUGAAAGCGAGGCCGAAGUCGACCAAAAAGAGUUAAAAGACAUUUUGUUCGGAUUAUUGGAACACGUCCUAGAUUUGCUUCCUAUUCAGGACUUCGUCGCAUCUAUUCUACCUCUACUACAAGGAAAUACGGAUGAGUCCGUUAGACAUCAUUUAACUGUAGUGACAUCUAACAAGUUUAUUGAGGAACCCAUGGAGUCCUUCGAAACCGCCAAUGAGAUACUAAGUACUUUGGUGGAAACAACAGAGAAAGCCUCAGAAUCUACCCAGAUUUUACAAGUUACUUUGAACACCAUCAGUUCAAUUGUUACCAGAUUUGGUGAUAGGCUCGACUCUCAUUUAUUGGUGAAAUCGAUGGAAAACAGUUGCAAGCAAUUGACUUCCAAGAAGAUCGAACUCGAGAUCUCCUCAUUAACUGUUCUCACGACUCUAAUCCAAACAUUAGGUGUCAAAACUCUGGCAUUUUACCCCAAGAUUGUUCCGGUCGCGAUUUCUAUAUUCAAGACCUACCAAAAUGCCAAAAAUAACCUUAAGGAACAAUUGCAACUUGCAAUUGUUUUACUCUUUGCCUCUAUGAUUAAGAAGAUUCCAAGCUUCUUAUUAUCCAAUUUACAGGAUGUUUUUGUUAUUCUUUUCCAUUCUGACGAGGUCGCUGAUUCUGUUAGACUAUCUGUGAUAUCCUUGAUCGUUGAACACAUUCCAUUAAAGGAUGUUUUCAAAACACUGCAGAAAGUAUGGACAAAUGAUGUAUCAAGUUCAAAUAAUUCAGUUGCUGUAUCCUUAUUUUUGUCUAUGUUAGAAUCUGCUGUUGAAGCUAUUGAUAAGAAGUCGGCAACGCAACAAUCUCCUGUUUUCUUCAGAUUAUUGUUGAACUUGUUUGAAUACAGAUCUAUUUGUACCUUCGAUGAGAAUUCAAUCAACCGUAUUGAGGCUUCUGUCCAUCAAAUUGCUAAUGUAUAUGUCCUUAAGUUGAACGAUAAGGUUUUCAGACCUCUAUUUGCUUUGGUAGUAAAUUGGGCCUUCAAUGGUGAAGGAGUUACAAACACAAACAUGUCGAAAGAAGAAAGGCUAAUGGCAUUCUAUAAGUUCUACAACAAGACACAAGAAAACUUGAAGUCGAUCAUCACAUCUUAUUUCACCUACCUCUUGGAACCAACCAACAAUCUACUGAAACAAUUCAUCUCGAAGGAGACCGUUAAUGUGAGCCUUCGUCGUUUGGUUUUGAUUUCCUUGACAUCUUCUUUCAAAUAUGAUAGAGAUGAAUAUUGGAAGUCUACCUCAAGAUUCGAACUGAUAAGUGAAUCUUUGAUUAACCAAUUGACCAAUGUCGAAGAUGUCAUUGGUAAAUACUUGGUGAAGGCCAUUGGUUCAUUAGCCACAAAUAACUCUGGUGUUGAUGAACAUAAUAAGAUCAUGAGCGACCUAAUGAUCUCUCACAUGAAGACGUCAUGCAAGACAAGAGAGAAAUUCUGGGCGGUAAGAUCUAUGAAGUUAAUCUAUUCUAAGGUGGGAGACGGCUGGUUAGUAUUGUUACCUCGUUUGGUACCUAUCAUCGCAGAAUUGUUGGAAGACGAAGAUGAGGAAGUUGAAUACGAGGUAAGAAGCGGGUUAGUUAAGGUUGUCGAAAGUGUAAUGGGUGAACCAUUUGAUAGAUACCUAAGUUAA